CGCGAACAGAACAGCUGCCAAACCGGUACUCCCAUGGCCAACCGUCGUUGUCAUCGUCAUUUUACUGGUACGGUACGAUUACACAGCUUUGAAGAGGAGGAAGACCAUUCAUUGCUAGCAUCACAUCAAUCAUACAUCACCACAUUAGACUACUAGUCGACCAAAAGAAGCAAGCUUUAGCGUUUGAUCUUUCAGCUCUCUCUCGCCAUCGCAUCAAAGCUCGCGUCAUUGAAUGCCGAGAGGGGUAUCAUCAGGUGUGUGUUUAAAAAAGUACGAUCAAGGAAAUUAAUCCCACGCUACCGUAAGCUACAGUACAAGUUAACAAAAGUGAAGCAAGAUGCAGCAACAAUCCCUGACGUCGUCGUCGACCAAGACGCUUGGAAAGAAGCGCAAAAAGGCUCAAAAAGGUAACAGCAACAAUAAACAACCCCCACAGAGUCGCGUCGAUGUGGAAAUGGCCAUGCUGCGAAAAUUGCUGUGGGUAUUGGGCGUGGGGUUACCCGUCACCAUGUUUCUCGUCUGGAUUGUCACCACCACCGUCUUUGGCAACAGCAACAAGCAGGACCAAUACAACAAACGCCAACAUACGUGGAGACCAGUGGAUGCGUCCACCGCAUGGCCCGAGGCAAUGUUACCACCAUCACCCGUAGGACCGCAAACACCGGCAUCACCCAUGCCACCUCGAUCGGCAUUGCAGAGCGAUUGGAAUGGCAGUGGACGUCACCACGAAGAAGCACGGUUGCAAGAUGGAGCGUCCAAAGCAUCGCUCCAUCGUCAUUCUCAUGAUGCGAAUCAUCCCAAAAACCGCAAUGUCGAUUGUACCGCUCUGAGCGAACCCAUGGUGGAUGCCAUUCAAAUGGGCAGUUUUUCUCAUGCCCGCCAUUUGGCACUCCAAUUACAAAACCAUCAUCCCGACUGUGAAUCCACACUGGCGUCGCUGUAUACCCAACAAGCCGAUGCUUUCUUGUCCGUGCGUCCAGCUGGAGUCCCCCUCUCGCGCGUCGCUCUCAAUAGUGGGACAGCACGCAACCACGCUGUAUUGGAAGAAUUCAAUUGUUGGACACCCGGACGAGAAGCCAUUGAUGGAUUGGAUGUCGAACAGGCAUCGGAUUUGGUACUCGAUCGAUGGGAUGCCUGUUGUUCCCAGCUAACUCCCAAACAGGAUCUGCUGUGGGACGACGAGGAAACCAAAUCGGACGAAUAUUGUGUCCAACCCAAUGCGCCCAAAAUCAAGCAUCCACCCGCCUUUGCGGCCGAGUUGUUCCGACCCACAGGAGGAGGUCCACGCCUGUGCUGUGGUCUCUUUGCCGGGUCCAUGACGCAUUUGCGAUUGCCGCUCAUUCACGAAGUCACGUUGAGUGUCCGGCUCUUGACAUCCCCCACCAAAGCCUAUCAAAUUACAUUGGAACAAGAUGGAUUUUUACGCAAAUACGACCCCGCGGGCGUCUUGUGGCCCGCCGGAUACAUGAUGGGGCUCUGCUUGUCCACGGCCGAUACGUAUUGCGGAAUUCCCGAACUAAUACAAGCCGCACGCAAUCAUCACGAUACCGUCAUUUCGAUCGAACUGGGUGCUGGGAUUGGACUGCCCAGUAUUGUCCUGAGUCGGUAUUUGCGAGAGCAUGAUUUGGAAGUCCCGUCCAAAGCGCCGCGCGUACUGGCGACCGACAAGGCGAUGCAUGCAUUGGCAUUGAUUGCGGCCAACAGUCAAGCCGCCGGUGUCCCCGUCUUGGUGACACAUGCCGAAGAUCAUACCAACACGACCGUAUUGGAGACCAUGAUUGAACGAACCCUGGAAACGGUCGGGGGAGGAUAUGCCAUUGUGUUGGGGGCCAGUUUACAAGCCCUCUUUGACUGGAAAACACGCGAUCCGCGACACAAACUCUGGAAAGUGUUGGAUACGCUAGUGUGUCGCAUCAAUCCCGAUGCCGUGGCCGUAUUGGCACAUGUGACGGGAGCCGUGGUGCCACCGUCGGAAGGUGGUAUUUUUGAACUGGUGCGAACCGUCUCGGCGGGUCAUUUGCAUAUGAAAUCCAGGAGUGGAGACGAUUCCGAUUUUCAGAUUUCCGUAUUUCGUCGCAAGAGACAACGGCAAUUGCCACCACAACAACAGGGUGCGGGGGCCAAGAAGGAAUUGUAAAAAGGGAUUAUUAUUGUUGCCACUUUGUGUUAAUUCAGAAGUGGCAUGGUGAUCCAACCAACAAGGUCGGAAGUUGCUUGCAAGAAGCAAUACGCAAACCAGCAGAAACUAAGUGGCAGAUCGAAUGUGGACCAAGUCCUCUUUGAUCGAAUGAAUCAAGUCAAUCAACUAGUCUACAACUUGCUCCAGUUGAAUGAAAUUUGCUGGGUGUUUCAAAAAUACUGCUCAAGAUGGUUGUUCUCUGAAAAGGGGUUUACUCCCAGAUCACCUACCUGAUUUGGUGUUUUCUGUGCUUCCUUGCCAGAUAGAUAGAAAGUAAGUCUGCAGCUGACCAUUUUCUACCCUUGCUAGCUAGCUGGCGCUUGAAUGAAUUAACCAGUAAGGGUAGUUUUUUGCGCCACUCCGCCAAUAUGGGUGCUGUUCGUACUCUACUAGUCGCUUCGACC